AUGGGAUUUGAAGGAGAGUACGUACGAUUUGCGGACUCAUACGAUCCAGCAAAUGAGACGGAACGAUUGUGGGGCCCUUCAUUUACAAUACUACCUGGGCUGGACCCUAGCCUCCGAGACCUCACUAUGUCAAUGCUGAAAAUGGCAACCCAUUAUGUUGCAGUAGAAGCAUUCAUUGAGGUUCAAAGUCGAGAGGAGUAUGGAGCUGUGAGCCACGCCUUGUGUGCUGCAGUACGCAAACUUUUAAAAGACUACCUUGUUUUGAUGGCGCAACUCGAGCACCAAAUGAUGACGAAUGCUACCUUCACCCUUCAUUUACUGAAUUUGCACACGAAGCCCACGAGCCACAUGCUUUUCCAGUUGUAUACCCUAGGAAUUGAGUUGCUGAAAGCCAAUUCCAUUCUAGAAGACGAUGACUCUGAUGGUUCAAUCGAUGAGACCGACGACCUACAAAAUAUCCUUGAAACGUUGAAAGAAGGUGGAACUAUUGGAGACACACUCCCUGGCAGGAAAGUCUGUAAAGGAGGCAAUGCUCUUGGCUUGAUAACAAAAAGGCUUGCUGCAAUGUCUGGUGAUCCGGCAGCCAAAACACUAUUGACUACCCUAUUACGGGAGGCCAGUCGUCCUUACAUGGUGAUGCUUAACGAAUGGCUACACCAUGGAGGUAUCAAAGAUCCACAUGCCGAGUUCCUCGUCAAGGAGCAGAAGAGUAUCAAGCGAGAACGCUUAGACCAAGACUAUACUGAUGAAUACUGGGAGAAACGGUACACCCUCAGGGACAACCUCAUACCUCCCCAGUUAGAAACUGUCAAAGAUAAGGUGCUACUGGCAGGAAAAUACCUCAACGUUGUCCGCGAAUGUGGCGGCGUCGACGUUAGCAAGGUAGUAGAGGACGUACCAACGAGCUUUGACGAUCCUCGAUUCCUUGAGAAUGUCAAUUCGGCCUACACCUACGCUAAUUCUGAACUACUGACUCUUCUUUUGACGACUCACGCUCUUCCGGCACGAUUACGCUCACUCAAACAUUACUUCUUCCUCGAUCGUUCCGAUUUCUUCUCCUAUUUCCUUGAACUUAGCAACUCUGAGCUACGGAAACAAGCCAAGCUAGUUAAUAUUGGAAAGCUACAAUCUUUACUUGACAUUGUUGUUCGUCAGCCCGGUAGUGUCGCUGCCGAGGACCCGUUCAAAGAAGAUGUCAAAGUCGCCAUCAAUGAAGUCAGCCUUGCUAAUUGGCUUAUGAAGAUCGUGAAUGUCACUGGUUUAGACCAAGAUGGCCCCAACGGCAGCAUUUCAAACUAUCUCACACCGGCAACGCAACCUGCCAUUACCGACGACAAAGACCUCACUGGCUACGACGCCCUCGUCUUCGACUAUGCCAUGCCAUUUCCCCUUUCUCUUGUUGUUAGCCGUGUCACUCUCACCCGCUACCAACUCUUGUUUCGCUACCUCCUGUCUCUUCGCCAUCUCGAAACCCUCCUCGCAAAUAGCUGGACUGAGCAUAGUAAAGGUCGCGCCUGGAAACACCGUAGCAAGGACCCGCGGAUUGAGGCAUGGAAAAGACGCGCAUGGACACUACGCGCUCGCAUGUUGAUCUUCAUCCAGCAGUUGCUCUACUACUGUACAUCCGAGGUCAUCGAACCGAACUGGGAGAAACUUACGGACCGCCUCGCGGUACCUGAUGUGGCAGAGCACAACACGGCCGGCAAUCGGCCUAUCCAGCCGAAGAGAACCGUUGAUGAGUUAAUGCAGGACCACGUCGAUUUUCUAGCUACGUGUCUCAAGGAGUGUAUGCUUACCAAUGCUAAACUCCUCAAGGUCAACUCCAAGAUCCUUGCAACUUGCAAUCUCUUCGCACACUUCACCUCUUCGCUCUCGAAAUACCUCAUCCAAGCCGACCCAGAACUUCUCGCCGCCGAAUCCAAGAAACCCAUCGACUCGAAGAGUAAAACUGCACCAAUUGCGUACGACCCAAAUAGAGUGGAGAAGAUGUUUGAGGUGCUGAAGAAGUACGAGGAAAACUUUAGUAGACAUCUUAAAAUCAUGCUUGAUACGCUGAAUUACCUUGCGGCUACGGAAACGGUGGUAUUUUUAAGUCUGUGUGCGAGGUUGAGUACGGCCAGUGAUGGGGUUUGGGGGGAGGGCUUUUGA